AAAUAUGAAACUUUUGGUAUCAAUUUUGGCUAUUUUCCUCGCCGUUUCAGCUGCUGUGACAGUAGGAAUUAGUGAUGACAUCACUGUGAGUGGACUUUCGUCAGGAGCCUUUAUGGCUGUUCAAAUGCAUGUUGCAAAUUCAGCUACAAUUAAAGGAGCUGGUGUUUUUGCUGGAGGUCCUUUCUAUUGUGCUCAAGGGCAAGUUGCUACUGCAUUAACUACAUGCAUGUCAAUUGGAACAGGUAUUAAUCUUGCUGGUAUCAAACAAGAGAUCUCAACUCAAGCUAGCAAAGGAAAAGUUGAUGAUCCAUCUAACCUUUCCGGUUCUAAGGUCUUUGUUUUUAGUGGAACUGCAGAUAGCACUGUAAACCCUAACGUAAAUCACGCCACAGUUGAUUUUUAUAAUGGAUACAAUGCUGACAUCAAAGAAAAGUUUGACCUCAAUGCUGGGCACACUAUGCCAACUGUAGACAAAGGAAUUUCAUGUGGAUCGACUCAGAGCCCUUACAUUGGUAAAUGUGAUUAUAAUGGAGCCUUUGAAGCUUUGAAGCAUCUUCACCCAGAUCAAGUUACCAAUGAACCAGGAUCUUAUAACCCAAGCAAUCUUUUCAAGGUUACUCAAAGCGGAGCUAGUGGUGCUAUCAUGGGAAGCCAAGCUUACUUGUAUGUCCCAGAGAAAUGUCAAUCUGCUGAAGCUGGAUGCUCACUACAUGUUGUUUUCCAUGGAUGCCAACAGACCACUGCUGACAUCGGAGAGAAAUACGAAACUGAUACAGGAUAUAACGAAGUUGCUGAAACAAACGAUAUGGUAAUUUUGUAUCCUCAGGCCACCAAACAAAUUUUGAAGAAUCCAAAUGGAUGCUGGGACUGGUGGGGUUACACUGAUGGAACUUCCUUCCUCCCAACUUCCAAGACUUAUCACACUAAAGAAGGAAAGCAAAUGAAGGUGGUCAAAUCUACUAUUGACUCUAUCUCAAAUGGAACUGCUAAACUCACCAGAGUUGAGGAUGAGCUAAUCAAGGAAUAAUUUCAAACUUUC